AUGUCUAACCGACGCUCGAAUCGGCAUGACGAGAAUCCAAGAUACGUUCCCAAGGGUCAUCAGCAGCAGCAGCAGAAAUUUAUACCCAAACCAAUGAAUCCAACUCCUACCUCUAAUUCUACUCCUUUCCCCGUUUCUCUCUCUUCUUCGCUUAGGCAAUCAGAUUCCUCCACCGCGAGUUCCAGAGUCUCCGCUUCGGGUGGUAGUAGGGUUAGGAUUGGGGAUCAGGGACAGUUGGUUGCUCAAGGCGGUGGCAGUUUCGUCAAUUACUUGCCGCAGGAUGAGGCUGUAGCUGCUGGUCUCGGCUCCGAUGAUGGAGGUUUGGAUCCAGUUGAGUCUCAGCGAGUGGUCGAUCUCCUCAAUAGAGAGCUCUCAAGGCUCCUUAAGCUCAAUCCUAGAGAUUUUUGGCGAGAAGUGGCUAGUGAUGCAUCGUUGCAUGAUUUUCUGGAUAGCUUCCUGCAGUUUAGGAGCAGAUGGUAUGAUUUCCCUUUUCAUGGUGUCAAGGGGAUUGUUGCUGGUGUAAUUGUUGGAGAAGUCGAGUUAUGUCGCCGUGUUUUCAUGGUCUUGUAUAGAAUAUCGUCCAAUAAGGAUCCCGGUGCUCGAGCUUCUGAUAGCCUCAGUCUGAGAGAUCAUGAAGUUCUCUUGCAGGACAAGAAGUUACUGGACUUGCCAAAAUUAUUGGAUAUUUGCGCUAUAUAUGGACAUGAGAAUGCAGAACUCACAAAAUCUUUAAUUGAAAAUGCUGUGAAAUCACAAAAUUGGAUUCCUGAAAGUUUGAAUAUGAUGCUGUCUCAUUUCUUGGGCAUCCUGCACACAAUGCAUCACCGUUGCACCUCAUCUUUGGAGACCUUAGUAUCAAGUGAAGACCAUGGACAUAAACAACUCCAUUCAGACCUUUUGGAGGUUAUGGACUUCAUUAAUGAUGGAGUUGUUUCUUUGGAUGCUUUUAUUUCUGCUUAUACACCAGCUGUUAUAAUCUUAGCAUGCCCUGUUGAGACAAGUUAUGGGAGCGAUGAAGUUCUUCGCAGCCUUGUUCUGUUGCAUGAUUCGUUGCUUCCAUCACUUCAUCAUGGCUUUCAGGUCUUGUUCAAGGAUGGAGACCAUGAUUCUCUUUCAGAUAUAUCAACGAGUUUAAACAUGUUAUCAACAAGGAUAGGAAGUUUAUGUUGGAACAUAUUAGAUAAUUGUUAUCUCAGCAAUGAUGUGUUCAAUCACGAAACUUCAAUUCCAGCUGUCACAAAGAUGUUCCCGUCAAGAGUAGAGGACCCUAUGGUGAGGGCAGAUAUAUUGAUUCAAACAUUCAGGGAGAUCAGUGGACUUUCUGAGCAGUCAGUGGAUAGCAAGAACCGAUUACUCCAAAAGCUUGAGAAGAAUUACAGAAUAAUUGACAGACUUAGGAGUUUACAGACUGCAGGAUGGCUAUCAAUGGAAGAUGAGCAGCUUCAGUAUUUGUCCAUGAUCAUGUUGCAUUCUGCAGACACUUUCUCUAUGAAGGAGUCGCCGCUUCUUCUAACUGAUGGUGGAAACACCAAAGAUCUAAUGGAUGGGAGUGCUGUAGUUAUGCAAUCCAAGAUCAGUCAGAUAAAAGACAUAUUCCCUGAUUAUGGGAACGGUUUCUUAGCUGCAUGUCUUGAAGCCUAUAACCAGAAUCCAGAAGAAGUUAUACAGAGGAUUCUUGAGGGAACACUCCAUGAGGAUUUGCAGCGGUUGGAUACCUCACUGGAGACGAUGCCACAACCUAAAACUGCUCCAACUCUUAGAAGCAAAGACAAAGGGAAAGGAAAGCUCAUUGAAUCUGACACUAGUAGCUCUGCUAUUUACACAGGGCAACCGAUCACACGUCCUUCACUUCCAGCUUCAUCAGCCUCAUCUACAGCGGUUGGUAGAUUUGUCAGAAAGCCAAAGGAUGAUAUUCCAAGCUACAAAAUUCUCGAUGCUAGAAAAGAAUCCGACAGAGAGAGGAACGCAGCCCUACUUGCGCAAUACGAAUACGACGAUGAAUACGAUGAUUCUUUUGAUGAUCUGGGAUUGAGUGUUGCGGAAUCAGGUACAGAAGAAAGCGGGGCGUUUGAUAACAGAGCUGGCUCAGCUGGAUCGGAGCCUUCUGAUGCUCCAAAGUGGGGUAGCAAAAAGAAUCCUCAAUUCUAUGUGAAAGAUGGUAAGAACUACAGUUACAAAGUGGCAGGCGCAGUUGCGGUGGCAAACGCAAACGAAGCUUCACUGAUAAAUGAAGCUGAGGGAGAUAAGAUACUUGGGUUGGGGCGUGGGGGAAACAUCCCUCUCGGAGCGGUAAGAAAGCUGACAGAGUAUCAGGGACAGAGAGAUGAGAAGGGUCAGCCUAAUGUGAAUGCGAACACAGGAGAUGGAAGAGAGAAUGGGAGAAGCUCGAGAGGGGGAAGGGGAAGGGGAAGAGGAAGAGGAAUGGGGAACAGAGAGCAUCAACCGCAAGAGAAGAGUUAUGAGAAUAAUAAUAACAACUCAGAGGUUAGUACAGAGGCGGAGAAUGGAGGAGGAAGGGGUCGAGGAAGGGGACGAGGAAGAGGAGGAGGUGGUGGAGGGAGAAAUCAUAAUCAUAAAGAUAGAGCUAUGAAAAAACACAUUGCUAGUGUUUCUGGUUUUUAGAGAUAAACACAAAACGUUUUAGUGGGUCUCCUUUUUACAUUUUUUUUUCUGGUUUGGAAACGGGAGAGAAAAGAAACUUAAUAUUUUACAAAAAUCAAAUACUUCAUUUUGAUUGUAAUGCUUGUUUCUGGUAAUUAAAAAGAAAAAAAACUUAGUUAAUAUCCUUA